AUGGCACCCGGCAGCGGACGCGAUUUCAACUGUUCCUGGGAGCAUUGUGGAAAGUCUUUCAAUCGCAAGUCAGACCUCUGCAGGCACUAUCGAAUACAUACCAAUGAGCGACCGUACCAGUGUAACUUCAGAGACUGCCAUAAGAGUUUCAUCCAAAGAAGUGCGCUGACUGUGCAUUCCCGAACACAUACGGGAGAGAAACCUCAUGUUUGCGACCAUGAGGGGUGCCACAAGGCCUUUUCCGAUUCCUCGAGUCUAGCCCGCCAUCGCAGGAUCCAUACGGGGAAACGUCCUUAUAUAUGCCAGGAACCAGCAUGCGAACGAAGCUUCUGUCGCAAAACCACUCUCACAAAGCACCAGCACCGUUCCCACCCACCUGGGUCACUGGCUCGAACGCCGUCGGAAGACGCGAUUUCCGAGCACUCAUACCCCACCCCUGUUACGAGCUCGCACCCAAAUGAACAGUAUCUUCUUACUCAACAGGCUUACUACCCCAACGCCUCCACACCUACCCACGAAUUCUAUACCCACCAGAAUUUACCGAUGCGCCCUGUGACGAUGCAAGAACAGCCGCCCAUUGUGACACAUAGCAUCCCGGUAACCUCGUCUGUUGAGGUGCAUCACGCGCAGCAAUUCAUGCACAUGAUCCAGCAACAGCAGCAGCAGCAGCAGCAGCAGCAUCAUCAUCAUCACCACCACCACCAACAGCGGCAGCAACAGCAGCAACACCAGGGAUAUGACCCACACCGUAUGGGAUUUGUACCAGUUGAAUACCAGCAGCCUGUUUUCACGUCGCCGACGGUGGAGAGCCACCCAUAUAUUCCUCCAUACGCAUCUUCUCUCGAAUGUAAAACUCCUGUUAUGAGAUUGUUGGAUCAACCAGAGGGAACGGAUUUUGCUUUCCUUGGAACAGGUUGUUAG